AUGGGUCACACAAACGAUUCAGUAGUGUCUGAGUUUGUACUUCUGGGGCUCUCUAAUUCUUGGGAGCUUCAACUUUUCUUUUUCGCCAUCUUCUCAAGCAUCUACGUGGCCUCACUACUAGGCAAUGUCAUGAUUAUCGUCAUCAUUUCCUGUGACUCCCAGCUGAGCUCUCCCAUGUACUUCCUGCUCGGUCACCUUUCUUUCAUUGAUAUCUGCCAGUCCAACUUCGCCACCCCCAAGAUGCUUGUGGACUUUUUUGUUGAGCACAAAACUAUCUCGUUUGAAGGCUGCAUGGCACAGAUAUUUCUUCUUCAUAGUUUUGUUGGAAGUGAGAUGAUGUUGCUUGUAGCCAUGGCAUAUGACAGAUUUAUAGCCAUCUGCAAGCCCUUACGCUAUGGUACAAUUAUGAGCCGGAAGCUCUGUGUAAUUUUUGUGUCUAUUUCCUGGGCAGUGGGCAUUCUUCAUUCUGUGAGUCACUUGGCUUUUACAGUGGAUCUUCCGUUCUGUGGUCCCAAUGAGGUAGACAGCUUCUUCUGUGACCUUCCCCUAGUUAUAGAGCUGGCUUGCAUGGAUACAUAUAAAAUGGAAAUUAUGACCCUAACUAACAGUGGCCUGAUCUCACUGAGCUGUUUUCUGGCCUUAAUCAUUUCUUACACCAUCAUUUUGGCCACUGUCUGGCGCCGGUCCUCCAGUGGGUCAUCCAAGGCACUCUCUACAUUAACUGCCCACAUCACAGUUGUAAUUCUCUUCUUUGGGCCUUGCAUUUAUUUCUAUAUAUGGCCAUUUAGCAGGCUUUCAGUGGAUAAAUUCCUUUCUGUCUUCUAUACUGUUUGUACACCCUUACUGAACCCCAUCAUCUACUCUCUGAGGAAUGAAGAUGUUAAAGCAGCAAUGAGGAAGUUGAGAAAUCGUCAUGUUACAUCCUGGAAAAACUAG